AAGUAGAAAAGCUGGAGGGUGGGAUCUUUAGGUCCUGGGGCACCCAAACCCCCGAUCGCAGCAGAGCCCUGCCCACUCCCCGCAGGGCGAUCAGAAGCCCGGCGUCCUUGGUCCCACGGCCGCCCUCGGUUGGCCGGUUCCUGCCCAGUCUCCACCCAGUCCUAGGCCCGGAUCAAAUCUCGGUGCCUCCGCCCAGUUUACCCCACAAUAGCCCACUCACCUCACUGCAUGCCUGGGGCCAUCCCCUCCGAGCGGGGUGCGCCCUGGUCCACCUCUCAGUGAGCCCACCCCUCCUAUUUCGGGGAUCCAGCCGCGGGCUGGAGUGGGGUCCCGCUCCGGUUGGGAACCGAGGGGCCUCCUGCAGUGAUGCCAGCUCCCCGAGGGCGCCAGGCUCCUAGUUCUGGUCCUGCCGGCUGCCCGCUGUGACUUUAGCCCAGCGUCUUCCCUCCGUGCGCCUGUUUACCUGACUGACCUGGUUGGUGCUCCCUUCUACGACUUAGAGUCCGAGCGGCCCAGCUCGCCUCAAUUUGCUGACCAGCACAAAACAGCUCAAACUCAUCACUCUGCUGACGGCGGCCUUUUAGCAAAGAGAAAAGAAGAAAUUGGGGCCAGAGAGAGAGAAAUGAGGAGAGUCAGAUCCCAGGCGUUUGGGGAGAAGGAGCUGUAAGGAGCAGCACCCCUUCCACCGUAGCCCUUAUCAGGUGGGAAGAGCAGGCUGAGAAGAGCCAGAGCCCACAGGCCUCCUGGGAGAACAGCUCUGAACAGGGGAUGUGGUGGUGAGGCAGAAUCUGCAGACCCAGCUGGAAGAGGGCUGUCAGGGCCAUGGCCCAGGUCAGCAUCAACAGUGACCUUGGCGAGUGGGGCUUCAGCACGGAUGCUGGGGAGCGGGCCCGUCUGCUGCAGAGUCCCUGUGUGGACUCGGACCCGAAGAGUGAGGGGGAGGCCUCCCCUGAAAGUCUGAGCAGAGGCACCACGUCCUCGUUUGGGGCCAUCUUCAUUGUAGUCAACGCCUGCCUGGGGGCAGGACUGCUCAACUUCCCAGCAGCCUUCAGCACGGCCGGGGGCGUGGCCGCGGGCAUCACCCUGCAGAUGGGCAUGCUGGUUUUCAUCAUCAGCGGCCUCGUCAUCCUCGCCUACUGCUCCCAGGCCAGCAACGAGCGGACCUAUCAGGAGGUGGUGUGGGCUGUGUGUGGCAAGCUGACGGGCGUGCUGUGCGAGGUGUCCAUUGCCAUCUACACCUUCGGCACCUGCAUCGCCUUCCUCAUCAUCAUUGGGGACCAGCAGGACAAAAUUAUAGCUGUGUUGGCAAAGGAGCCUGAGGGGGCCGGUGGCAGCCCCUGGUACACGGACCGCAAGUUUACCAUCAGCCUCACUGCCUUCCUCUUCAUCCUGCCCCUGUCCAUCCCCAGGGAGAUCGGCUUCCAGAAGUAUGCCAGCUUCCUGAGCGUCGUGGGCACCUGGUACGUCACCGCCAUCGUUAUCAUCAAGUACAUCUGGCCGGAUAAGGAGAUGACCCCAGGGGACAUCCUGACCAGGCCAGCUUCCUGGAUGGCCGUGUUCAAUGCCAUGCCCACCAUCUGCUUUGGAUUUCAGUGUCACGUGAGCAGCGUGCCCAUCUUCAACAGCAUGCGGCAGCCCGAGGUGAAGACCUGGGGCGGGGUGGUGACGGCCGCCAUGGUCAUAGCCCUCGCCGUGUACAUGGGCACAGGCAUCUGUGGCUUCCUGACCUUUGGAGCUUCUGUGGACCCCGACGUGCUCCUGUCCUACCCCUCCAACGACGUGGCCGUGGCCGUGGCGCGCGCCUUCAUCAUCCUGAGCGUGCUCACCUCCUACUCCAUCCUGCACUUCUGUGGCCGGGCGGUGGUCGAAGGCCUGUGGCUGCGCUACCAGGAGAUGCCCGUGGAGGAGGACGUAGGGCGGGAGCAGCGGCGGCGAGUGCUGCAGACGGUGGUCUGGUUCCUGCUCACCCUGCUGCUGGCGCUCUUCAUCCCCGACAUCGGCAAGGUCAUCUCGGUCAUCGGAGGCCUGGCCGCCUGCUUCAUCUUCGUCUUCCCAGGGCUGUGCCUCAUUCAAGCCAAACUGUCUGAGAUGGAGGAGGUCAAGCCAGCCAGCUGGUGGGCGCUGGUCAGUUACGGAGUCCUCUUAGUCACCCUGGGAGCCUUCAUCUUCGGCCAGACCACAGCCAACGCCGUCUUCGUGGAUCUGUUGGCAUAACCACGGCCUCCUUGGCACCCAGGAACCCAUCUCAGAGCUGCGGGGCCAUGCUGACUCGGGCUUCAUUCCCCUCUCCUGGUGGGGUGAUUCCAGGGACGGAUCUGGGCUGAAAUCGGACCCCACAGUCUGGAGCCUGCAGCACGGGCAUGUGGCCUGACUGGGAAUUGAACACACCAGCUCCCUUCCUGCUCCCCCGUCCUGGCGGGGCCCUGGAUGGCGGGAGGGGGGCCACAGGAGCCUCCCCGCUGCCUCCAGCUCUCAGCUCCUCCAGGCCUGGAGCCCACGGUGAAGAGGCUCAGCAGGUCUCAGGAGAAGGCAGCAGCAUGACUUCCCUCGGGAGAAAUGGGGGCGCCCUCUCCACAGAGCAGGGGCUGUGCUCCCUCCCCAGGACUCACGCCUGCUCCAUCUGUCCGCGGACCAGCCAGCAGUGGCUUCCUCUGGGCUCCGGCCAGUCCCAAAGGUAGCGCUGAAUUCACACAGAUGCACAGAGGCAGGUAGAGUCCGUGCCUCGCCCACUCCCUCCUGGGCCCACGGUGAGCCCGCAGCCCUCUUUCCCACGGCUGACUGACAUUCCCCGAGGCUUCGGGGCCUCACCGAGUGUCUCUCCCCAAACCUCAGGGUCCGGGCGUCCCCCUCCUCCUCCAUCCCCAGACGUCACCAAGUCUUAUGUUCCCCAAACCUCAGGGUCCGGGCGUCCCCCUCCUCCUCCAUCCCCAGACGUCACCAAGUCUUAUGUUUACAAACGGUGCCCGCCCGGCUCAGCCAGGGACCAGGGGCCGUCCCGUGCCUCAGUGCUGUGAGCACUCCGCCUCCCACUCCACCUCCAUUAGCUUUCCCUGUGGCAGGGGGAGAGGGGGGUGCUUCUCUCUCAGAUUCCAGAUGGGCCCCUCUUUUCAGAGGCACAAAAGUGGGUGAUGGAGAAGGCUGGGGACCUUUCGGACCUGUGCAGGCUGGGCUGGCCAGGGUCAAGGUGAACCUGCCUGCUACCCUCUCCUCCGAUGACUGCUGCUCUCUGCCUCCCCUGCCGUCCCCCACGGGGUAGCCCAGAGGCACGCAGGAUGCCGAGCUGUCAUUGACUGGGCAGCAGGAGAAGGCAGCUCCGCCAGCCGGGAACUUACAACCUGGAUCCUGUCUGCCUUUCCCCCACCCUAUCCCUUCUUCACCCCCCACCCCAUUUGUCUAUGUAGCUCAAUCUCCUGCUCACAUAAGUAUUGGGGGGGGCAGGCUGCCAAACCCUCCCUUGUCAACUUCCUCAGCUCCACACAGUCACACUGAGGUCACACCUGGAUUAUGCCCCAGGCAUGGUGAGGGGGGCCCUUCUCCCAUUGCACAUGCCCAUCGGGCUUCCCGUGCCUGGAACACCCAGCAUUUCCCCGGCCCCUCCUGCCCCAAACCUCUGUCCUGGGCCGGGUAUUGGGACCCCAGCCAGCAGCCCACCAGUCAGGGCAGUAAGAUCUAGGAAACAGGCUGGCGGGAGGCCCCAUAGGCUUCUGCCCAGCCCCCACACUGGGGACCCGCCUCCCCUCACCUCUUGGCCCCUGGUAGCCUCUCUGCUGGUUCCUCUCAGCCCAGCCCGCUGCACCUCACUAGGCCCGCCAGCACCCAUCCCUGACAAGGUGGGGAGGGUGUCCCAGCCAGCAUGGCCGCUCAGCCUCCUGACACUGGAUUUCAGGGGUGGAGGGAGGUAAGGGAGUCAUUGCACAGCAUCCGUCGGGAAAAGGGGCUGGAAUCCGGCCUCUCAGCCCAAACUCAGGAGCCCCGACCCUCCCUGCUGGGGCAUUUUACUGUUUCUUUUCUACUCGGGCACAUUCAGACCAGGGAAGGUGGUUAAUAAAAAGGAGCUUGUGCUACUGA